AAUAGCCGUUGCCGUUACAAGAAAUGACCGUUAGAAAGUCCCAAAUCAAAAUCAUAGUCAUCAUAGAUACAACAAAAACACUACAAACACAGAACGAAUAACCCUACCGAACACCACCGUCCAAAAUAUGAGAGAAGAAGACAAUCUUCAACAACCACCGUCGCCGGAAGAUCUGAUGCAAGAACUCCGAUUAAAAGCAAACGAACUCCUUCUCCGAGAAGAAUGGCAAGAAUCCAUACAACUCUACACUCAAUUCAUCAAUUUUUGCCAAGACCAGACCUCAAACAACCCACAACUUCACCUCACCAAAAUCAACAAAUCUCUUUGCCUAGCCCUCUCUAACAGAGCCGAAGCAAGAUUCCGGCUCAAAGAUUUCAAGGCAGCACUUCAAGAUUGUGAUUCAGCGCUGCAAAUUGAGAGCACCCAUUUCAAAUCUCUCAUCUGCAAAGGCAAAAUCUUGAUUUGUUUAAACAGGUAUUUAAUGGCUUUGAAUUACUUUAAAACUGCACUUCUUGAUCACAAGGAUAGUGGGAAUCUUGAAAUGGUUAAUGGGUAUGUGGAGAAAUGUAAGAAGCUUGAGUUUCAGUCAAGAACUGGAGUUCUUGAUCUUUCCGAUUGGGUGUUAAAUGGGUUUCGGGGGAAGAUCCCUGAUCUUGCUGAAUUUAUCGGCCCGGUAGAGAUUCGAAAGUCGGAGCUUAGUGGGAGAGGUCUUUUCGCGACGAAGAACAUUGAUGCCGGGACUUUGUUGUUGGUGAAUAAAGCAGUUGCUAUAGAGAGAGGUAUACUGUCUAGUGAAGAUUCGAGCGAAAAUGCGCAAUUGGUUAUGUGGAAGAAUUUUGUUGAUGAAGUAGUAAAAUGUACUAAAAGAAGUAAAAGAAUCCGAUUUUUAGUAAGUACAUUGUCCAAUGGGGAAGAGGAAGACGAUACUCGAGUUCCUGAAAUGAGUUUGUUUAGGCCCGAGGGAGAUGAGAUUGAGGAAGCGAACGAGGAACUUGAUAUGGUUAAGAUGAUGAGUAUAUUGGAUGUGAAUGCCCUCGUUGAAGAUUCUGUUUCGGCUAAAGUGUUAGGCAAGAAUAGUGAUUUUUACGGAGUUGGGUUAUGGGUGGUAGCUUCAUUCAUCAAUCAUUCAUGUAAUCCCAAUGCAAGGAGACUUCAUGUUGGGGAUUAUAUAUUAGUCCAUGCUUCAAGGGAUGUAAAGGCAGGUGAAGAGAUCACAUUUCCAUAUUUCGAUGUGCUUUCGCCAUUGUACAAGAGAAUGGAAAUGUCAAAAGCAUGGGGUUUCCAAUGUCACUGCAAGAGAUGCAAAUUCGAAGAACAAGUAUGUUGCAAAGAUGAGGUGAAGGAGAUCGAGAUAGGAGUAGAAAGAGGAGGGUUAGAUGUGGGUGGUGCAAUUUUUAGGCUGGAAGAAGGAAUGAAAAGAUGGAUGGUGAGAGGCAAAGAGAAGGGUUACCUGAGGGCAUCAUUUUGGGGAGCGUAUAGCGAAGCUUAUGGUUCGGAGAAGACGGUGAAGAGGUGGGGAAGGCGGCUUCCGGGUGCUGAUGUGGUGGCGGAUAGUGUAGCAGAAGCAACAGGAAGUGAUGAGAGAAUAAUCAAAGUGCUGAUGAAGAAAAGUGGUAAUGUGGUGGAGAUGGAGAAAGUGAUGAGGCUGGGAAAAGGAGUAUAUGGUAAAGUGGUAAAGAAACAAGCAAUGAGAUCCCUUCUUGAACUGUAAAGCUAAUAGAAGAGUCUUGUUAGUUUUCUUCUUGAAAAUAAAUAGACUAGUUAAUUUUGUUACAGCUUUUGAUUAAACAUAAUACAGCUCCAUUGACCAUUGAUUAGUGCA